AUGAGAUCAGACUUUAAAUUCUCCAACUUACUCGGAACUGUUUACAAGAAGGGUAAUUUGGUUUUCACAGAAGAUGGCACUAAAUUGUUAUCCCCUGUUGGUAAUCGAGUUUCAUGUUUUGAUCUUAUAAGAUCACAGUCGUUUACAUUCAGUUAUCAACACCGCAAGAACAUACAAUGCAUGGCCCUAAACAAGCAAAACACUCUCUUGAUAUCCAUUGAUGUAGAUGGGAGGGCAAUACUUUUAAAUUUUGUCUCCAGAGUGGUGCUCCAUCAUUUCAAUUUCAAGUCUAAAGUGAAUAAUGUCACAUUCAGCCCGUGUGGGAAGUAUCUCGCCGUUGCCACUGGAAGAUUCAUUCAAGUAUGGAAGACCCCUGAUUUUACCGAAGAUAGACAGUUUGCACCAUUUGUGAGACAUAGAGUUUACCUGGGACAUUUUGAUGAUGUAUUGAGCGUUUCCUGGUCCCAAGACUCGAGAUUUUUUAUAAGUACAAGUAAGGAUAUGACAGCAAAGAUUUAUUCGAUAGAGUCAGAUGAAAAGGAUGUUGCCCGGACUUUCUCAGGACAUCGUGACUACGUUGUGAAUGCUUUCUUUAGCAAAAACCAAGAAAUCAUCUAUACAGUGAGUAAAGAUGGAGCAUUGUUCAAAUGGGAGUAUACCGAGCCACCACAGGAUGAAGAGGAAAGUGAUGACGAAGAGCAUCAGCCUACAAAAAUGGAUUGGAGAAUUACCUCUAAGAACUACUUUUAUGCCAAUGGAAAGCUUAAGUGUGCCACGUUUCACGCCAACUCCUCUUUAUUAGUCGUUGGAUUUUCUAACGGAGAAUUCAGGGUCUACGAAAUUGGUGAUGACUUUAAUCUCAUACAGCUGUUGAGUAUGGGUCAGGAUACUAUAAAUACGGUGAACAUCAACAACACCGGAGAAUGGCUUGCCUUUGGUUCCUCGAAAUUGGGCCAAUUAUUAGUGUACGAGUGGCAAAGUGAGUCAUAUAUCCUCAAACAACAAGGUCACUUUGAUUCAAUGAACGCAUUAUGCUAUUCACCAGAUGGCUCUCGAUUGGUUACAGGCUCGGACGAUGGAAGGAUUAAAAUAUGGGACGUUGCUUCUGGUUUUUGCUUGAUGACAUUUAAUGAGCAUUCUGCACCAGUCACACAAGUUCAGUUUGCCAAAAAGGGCCAGGUAUUGUUUUCGUCUUCUCUAGACGGUACAAUACGUGCAUUUGACUUGAUUCGGUUUAGAAACUUUAGAACUUUUACUGCAACAUCCAGAAUCCAAUUCAAUUGUGUAGCUGUUGAUCCUAGUGGAGAAGUUAUUGUUGGGGGCUCACAAGAUAGUUUCGAGAUUUAUGUUUGGUCAGUACAGACAGGGAUUUUGCUCGAUACGUUGACAGGCCAUGAGGGGCCAAUUUCAUGCUUGUCUUUUGGUCAAGAAAAUUCAGUUCUUGCUUCCGCAUCCUGGGACAAAACAGUCCGUAUUUGGAAUAUCUUUUCUAGAAAUCAAACGGUUGAACCCAUUGAAGUGCAGAGUGACGUUUUGAGUAUUUGCAUGAGGCCCGAUUGUAAGGAAUUGGCGAUAUCAACCUUAGACGGGCAUAUUGCCGUGUUUGACAUUGAAGACGCUAAGCAAUUGCAUUUGUUGGAUGGUCGGAAAGAUAUCAUCAGCGGAAGAUAUCUCGAAGACCGGUUUGUCAGUAAGAACUCGAAUCGGGGUAAAUACUUCAGCACAAUUACGUAUUCUUUUGACGGACUAACUUUAUUAGCUGCUGGGAAUAACAAUUCUAUUUGCAUGUACGAUAUCGACAGUGAAGUGUUGCUAAAGAGAUUUAUCGUGUCAGAAAAUAUGUCUAUUGAUGGUACUCUGCAGUACUUGAACAGUCGAAAAAUCACCGAUUCUGGAAUCAAUGCCGACUUGAUUGAUAGAGAUGGAGAGAAUAGUGAUUUGGAAGAUCGAAUGGACAAUACUCUACCUGGGGCACUGAGAGGAGGUGAUCCAAGUGAGCGUAGAACAAGACCAGAAAUUAAAGUUACGUCGGUUCAAUUUUCACCUACCACGUCAUCAUUUGCUGCCGCUACUACAGAAGGGUUGUUGGUAUACUCUGUAAAUCAAGACUUAAUUUUCGACCCGUUUGAUUUGGACAUAGAUGUCACUCCAGAGUCGACAUUAGAGUCGUUAAAGGAGAAGGAGUACUUAGUUGCAUUAGUUAUGGCGUUGAGAUUGAAUGAGACUUAUUUGAUUCAUCAAAUAUUGGAAAGCAUUCCUUUGGUGGAUAUCAAACUCGUGUGUCAAGAUGUUCCUGAAAUUUAUGUUGAUCGAGUUCUUCAUUUUGUUGGAGAGUUAUUAAUCAAAGAGGAUUCGCCUCACAUCGAGUUUUAUUUAAUCUGGAUCAAGUGUAUGUUAGCGCAGCAUGGAAGAUUUAUUGCGGCUCACAAGUUUGAAUUCCGUUCGUCAUUAAAGUUAUUGUCCAGAUAUUUGAAUAAAGUUGCAAAAGAAGUGGUGAAAGUUGGUAAAAAGAAUGAGUUUUUAAUUAGCUUCUUGAGUACGAGCAAAAACUUGAGCAACGAUGUAUUUGAAUACGACGAAGAUUCGGACCUGAAUAAGCAUGUGCAAGGACUGAACCUGGAGAACGAUAUUGAAGAUUACGACGAUGAAGAUGACGACGAUGGAGAUGAUGACGAUGAAGAAGGUUGGGUCAAGCCUGAUGCGAAGACAGCAUCAGGAAAAGAUGCAUUUGCAAAUGUAGAUAGUGAGAGUGAUGAUGAGAUGAUAGAGAUAUAG